CUGCUGUCUCAGCCGCUAUUUUUAAGGAUGGUAGCAGUUAUCGCUCCCUCAUUGCAUUCCUUAGUUCUAAAAGUUACGUUUACUGAAGGGUUUCUGAAAUAUCAGAAAAUUAUCGGAGGUUUCUAUUCCCCCCUAACAUUUAUGAUUUCUAUCCGAUAAAUUCAGACAAAGAGUUAUUGGGACGACAGUUUUUGACUUAAGAUCUUUUCGUACAUUAUGUUAGUCAAUAUUUGUCAUUUACUUUUCCAAAAAAAUUAGGAACAAAUAGUCUGUGCUCAAAAGUAAUGAACGUACGAACAAGUCAUCUUUUGUUCCUCCUUUCGAUUUUUGAUUUUAUGAGACAAAGGGCAUCCCGGUGUUUUUUGAAUUUCAAAAAUUUUAUAUCUUAAAAAAUAGAUCGUUGCUACUGAAUUGCAUUUUGCCAGUCGUACUAAGUGCGUUCAUGGGGCAGAGCUGGAUCAGAUAGUCAGAACUAACAUUCUCCCUACCGUAAUUCAAAAGACUGUCUUUAGUGUUUUCUAACUUGGAUUAUUCCCCCUGCCUAAUCAAGAAGUAAGAAUCACCAUGAAUACAUGGAAGUUUUUUAAUUGUGUUCCCAUUAUCAGUUAUUUCGUUCGAACUGCCCUCAUAAAAUGAUGACCAAAGACCACAGUUGUCAACCGCGUGCACAUCUUUCCUUACAAGUACCCAUCCAUGUUACUAAAUUCGGUAUUCAAUUCAAAUUACUUUUUAAAAAUGUAAGGUAUAGCUAAGGUUGCCAUUCGUGUAACCAUAAACCCAUUUUUGUUAUCCCUAAUAGUUAAGAUUCUCUUCAUGUUUGAAAACGAAGUUUGUGCAAGGGUUGGUAAAAUUAUAGGGGGAAGUCUAGGUGACUGUAAGAGGGAAUGAUUUUCACACAUUAAUAUUGAUUACUGCUACGGGUUACCCUAAAUCACGCUUUUCUGUAUAAAUACUUUCUCUAAUCGAACUUAAAAAAACCGCAUCACCGUUGGUUGUAUAGACUUUGGAAUAACUUUAAAGUGGAGUAGAUAGAAGCUUACAGUAUGUGGCACAUAAAUUGUUUUUAUAAGUGUAUUUUGACCUCAUAAUGUUUGAUCUGAUCCUUGUAAACCUGACUGCGACGACCAAAAAUUCAUAAAUUGGCAACAGUCUCUUAUUUCUAACAAUAACUGUGGAAUAAGUUUUUACUGGCCUCAGCCACAAAACAGUUAACAGCUUGAUUUCUCUUGAACUGAAUCUAUUGGUUUUUACUUGUUGUCUUCUAACCAAGUUGCCUGAAAUGACUGAGGAUUAGGCUACAUAUUGUUCAAUUUAUUCUACAAGACAAGUUUAACUAGAACUAAAUUAUUACUAAAUUGUAUAUCAUAUAAGUUUAUCCCACCUUAUUUGUCGUGGUAAAUGAUUGUGGUGUGAUAUUUUUUGGUCAAACAAUUUAGUGAAGGAUUUGUACGAGAAAUAGGAAGGAUCAUUAUGGAUUCUAAAAACCUGCCGUCAAAAUUUUGUUACUUCAGGUCCGAAUUGAGAAUGCAUCCUCCAGAGACUCCGUUGCAUGUCACACAAGAAGCUGUUAGGAUGUUAGAGGCUUACCUGAACAUAAGCUCUCUUAGAAGGCAAAAAAAUACUGAAUCUGACAGAGGAUCAAAUGUUUACCAUGAUGACAUAAGCGUACUGCCCCAUAAAGAUCACAUAAAACAUAAUGAACUGUUAGGGGCUGAUCAAUCACCAAUUUGCGCAUGUGCUAACUAUGUUAGCCAAAUACUGAAUAUGUCUCUUGAUAACAGAGAACGUUUAAAGAAGUUAGAAAAGAUCUCUCCACAUUUCGGUAAUACGACAACACAUCUUAAAGAUACUUGUUCAUUUAACUGUGAAAUUAUUCCUAAUAAAAUUCCUCUUCAGUCAAUGAAUGGAUCAUUUGCACAGAAAACAAAAAUAAAUGGAUUUUUUCCUCGUUUUGACAAUGUUGAUGGUCUUAGUGCUAAAUCUCGACAGUCUGAUUCACUAUAUAAUUCAGUUAGCAUAGAACCAGUCAGUCCACCAGUGUUUGAAAUACCAAUUCAAAUACCUGAUAUAAAAACUGGCAGUUCAUUGUCCAAGAGGUUUGUAAUGAAAGACGAUUCUGUAUCUUCAUCGAUCAUGCGCUAUCAUAGUGUAUGCAGUGGAAGUGCAGAAAAAACUCACACCAUACCUGAAAUAGAGGAAUGGUCAGUAAUCGAAGUUAACUCUCAUCAUAAUGAAUAUACUCGACGUUCCAGUGUUAAGUCAGCCCCUGAAGACGUACAACACUGUUUGCGCAUAAUACCUAAACGAAGUGCUACCAAAAAAUGGUUUAAAUUCCGGCUUCCCAAAAGCGGUUUUAACUUAAAGUCUCACAUUGGAAAUAAAUUAUCUACAGCUAAAGAGGAAAUAUUCGAAUUAAACAGUGUAUUUAUGGGAACUAGUUCUCACGAAAAAGCAUCAACUCUAGAAAAAGAAUAUAAUGGCUGUGCUGAAGUCAGUGGUACCCUCUUUCCUCCAAUACCCAACAGAAAAUUGAGUACAAACAUCAUAAACAAACCAAAUGAAAGGCUUCAUCAUCCAACACUUACCAAUGUAUGUGCUCAGUUAUUCCCCCGAUUAUUUCGUCAGAAUGAAUCUUCGUCUAAUUAUUUAUCAAGUGGUUUUUUCCCUAGAAUACAAAGGCUAUCCACAAACACUAUUCGUCGAGUAAAGCGAAAAAAACGCACUGUUAGGAAAUUGGAUAAAAUUUCUACUCAAGCUUCUGUAGAAGAACAAGAAGAAGAGUUUCGCUUAUUACCAUUAUAUACCAAACGGCGUUCAUCAAAAUUCUCUCAUCAUGGGAAUGUUGGGUUAAUUAAAAAUAAAGGGAACUUAUUAGUUAAAGAAGUAGAGUAUAACUUAUUGAACAGAUCAAAUCACUCAUCGGAUAAAGAAUUUUUAGAAAAUGACUCGUUUAAUACCCCAAUAAUGAAUUCCAAAACAUGGCCAAUCGGUUCACCUAGCUCAAAGGUAUCUGGCGAAAUUGCUUGUCUUUAUCGUGGAUUGAUCGAAACAAUAGGAAGCGAUAAAUUGAUUGAAUCUACUUCACAAACAUGGAGUCAUUUUACUCACAGAAAACCUCAGUCUUCAGAUAAAACUAAUGUACCUUCUUUCAAUUUGAAUUCAGUUAUGGUUCAAUGCGAUAAAUCGAAUAAAUCUACAUUUGACUUUACAAUCAAUGAUUUAUCUACAAUGCAGCAUUGUACUAUUGAUCAUACAAAAGUUACGGAUGAAAUAGUGUCAGGUAGGGAAGCGACUGAUGUAGCACUAAAAAAUACUACCAUCAGUUCUAAACCGAAUCAAGCAAAUAAAUCUUCAACAAAAAAUGAACUAUUUUUCAAUAAAGUAACACAAAAUCUCGAAAACUGUGCGGUGAGGAAUUCUUCAAACAGUUCUGAACUUCAAAAUGAAUUAAAAGUAGAAAACUUCAAUCAUUCAUCAACAAAUGACAAUACACACUAUCCAUACGCUAAAUACGUUGCAGCUAUGGUUGAUGCUUUGUCUGAACGUCUUAUGGGUAAAAUAUCAGAAGAUGAUUUAGAAUUACGUUUUCAGACUUUAGAAGCAGAAGCAUCUAAAGCGGCCAAACACAAAAAUGCUCAGUUUGUUAAACGUGAACGAUUCUACUCGGUUAGUAAUGGAGCUGAGAAUUUACGUUGUCAGAAUUCCUUAGAAAAUACAACACGGGGUAAUUCAUCAUCAGAUGAAAAUAUAUUCAAUAACAGAACAGAAAGAAAUGAACUAAAGAAUAGACGAUGCCAUUCUGUAACUAAUUUUUUUGCUACGACAAAAUCAUCAGACUUACAUAAUGCAUCAUCAUUAGAAUCAAGCCAACGUAAUUUGAAAUAUUCUUGUUUAGAACAGGUGAAACGAUUACAACUUCGAAACAAAUUAAUUAUAACAGAGGAUUUAUUAAAUCGUCUUGUGAAUCAUACAAAUUAUCCGAAUUUCGAGGCUGAUAUCCUAGAUUUAUUAGGUCGACAACCGAAUUGGCAUAGAAUCGCUAUUCUUUAUUAUCUUACUAGAUGUUCAGUUAGACAUAUAUUAAAUCUACAUAUAGAAAAGUUGGAAACAAUACAAGAGUCAACUUCAAGUUCAUCAAUGUUACGUCAAUCGAUAAAUAUUAAUUCAGAUAGUGAGGAAAUUGAUGGAAGUUAUUUACAAUCAUCAGGAAGUAAAUCACCUCCAAGUAAUUUUUAUCCAUCAAAUUCAACAUAUGAAACAAUAAUUCGUGAUACUGGCCAAUGUCGAGCAAAUAUAGGCCGAAUCAAAGAUUAUACAAUUACUUUUUUUACACGUUGGUAUGCAGAUUGGGUAUAUAAGCGUGGUGGUUGGCAAUCUGUAAUCGAGGAAACUGAAGAUUCUGAGCUAGACUGAAUUGUCCAUUAAUUUAAUUAGUAUAGAUGUUAUUUUUUUAACGAACACACAACUCGGUGCUUAAUUUUUGUCAAACUAUUCGUUCUAAUAUUGACGAAUAUUCGUAUAGACAACUAGUCAGUAUGUGAUAAAUUAUGUGUAGAGUUUAUAAACCUAAAUUUUAUACAUAAAAAGUAAUUUGUUUAUGAUAACUUCAUUUGUAUGUCAUAUAUAAUAUAUGUGAGGGAAAUGACAAUCGAUUCAUAAUCCUUAAUUAUUAUUAUUUUUGUUUCCGAAAAUUGUAAAUUUCUACAUGUUUAUGUAGCAAUCAUCUUCUUUUUCAAAAAUGUAAUUUCACUGUAUAUGCUCCUAAAAACAAUAUGAUAAUACAAUAUAUUGUUAGUAUGUAAGUAAUAUAUUCGUAUAUAUCGUUUUGUUUGAGAUUUUUUCCGUAAACCAACUUAAUGUAUAUAUGAUAAUGCUCAACUUAGUUUUUUUGCUUGACUAUAUUUUUCUGUUUUUUUAUAAACCACAUUAGAGGUAGUAGCGGGUUAAAAAUGAACUGAAGUGAUAUCAGAAACCAUUGUGAACAAAAUUAUGAGGAUAUGAAACAUAAUUAACGAGAGAGGGGAAUAUUUUCAAGUGCAAAAUAAAAUAAUAAUAGUAAUAGUUUAAGGCCAAGGUAAUGAUAAUAAAGACAUAUUUAUUUUGUACGUUCAGUUCUGGCUUCAACUUAUGAAUGGCAAGAGUUACUUCUGUUUUGAGGAGUUUGAUACAAAGAGAUCUAGGUAGGUUCGGAUGAAUUUUACAAACAACAUUCAAAUCAACCUGUGGAUCAGUAGAGUAAUAAGGGUCAAUUAAAUGUUCAAGAAUGAAACUUCUAACUACUUUCC